AUUUUUGGAAAGAUAAGAACUGACAAAGCACGAAGUCCGAUCAUUCAAAGGCGUUUAGGAGGAUUUUAAUCGUCUACAAUCAUAACAUUUUUAGUCACCUGCAAUAAAGACAUCAACUACCGAUGGGAAAUUGACAUGUCACGCAAAGAAAAUCAGAGGGGGCAUUGUCGUACAUGGAUCGUCGAUCUGGACAGCCAUAACCGAGACCCCACGCUGGAUGUGGCACACCUUUCACGGCCACAAGUAGGUGGUGGGACAGAUUUUAGGCUUUUACAAUUUACGACGGCAGAAAAUCCGUCCAAUUGUCCAAAAGUGGUAUGAACAACUGCAAGUUCAUACGAGACAAAAUAAGGAAGAGGCUUAGCGCCUUUUAACCCCUCCGUAUUUCGCCCAUUGGCAAUUCCAGGAAAUUCCCUGGUCAAGCGCGAGUCAUUAUUCUUGGUUGGAGUCUUAUUCUUAAGUCCCCAAAAUUUUUCCUGAUUUUUUUUUUCCUGGGGAAAAUAAGGAGGAGAUGUGGGGGUUUGGGGGUAAGUUUUAUUGGGGAAGAAAUGAGACGGGUGGGAAGAUUGAAGGAAUCGUGGUGGUAUUCGCAUGGAUGUCGAGUCAGGAGAAGCACUUGAAGAACUAUGUGCAGCUCUACUCGUCUCUGGGUUGGAAUUCCCUCAUUUGCCAUCCAGAAUUUCUCAAUGUAUUCUUUCCUGAGAAGGCCACAUCCCUGGCGUCUGACAUUCUUAAUGAGCUUAUUAAGGAGCUAAAGACUAGGCCAUGCCCAGUUGUCUUUGCAUCUUUUUCUGGUGGUCCAAAAGCCUGCAUGUACAAGGUUCUUCAGAUAAUUGAGGGAAAGUGUGAGGCACAACUCAAUCCGGAUGAAUAUCGGCUUGUUAGAGACUGUGUUGCUGGCCACAUCUAUGACUCUUGUCCAACAGAUUUUACCAGCGAUGUGGGUACUCGAUUUCUCCUUAAACCAACUGUUCUCAAAGUGCCCCAUCCUCCUAGACUAGUAUCAUGGAUUGCAAAUGGUAUUGCUUCUAGUCUGGAUGCGCUCUUCCUCAAUCGGUUUGAAUCACAGCGUGCUGAAUACUGGCAAACUCUGUACUCCUCUAUUUUCAUGGGGGCCCCAUAUCUCAUUUUAUGCUCAGAGGAUGAUGACCUUGCUCCCUAUCAAAUUAUCUGCAAUUUUGCUCAGCGAUUACAAGAGCUUGGGGGUGACGUGAAGCUGGUGAAAUGGAACAGCUCUCCUCAUGUAGAUCAUUAUCGGUAUCAUAUGAUUGACUACAAGGCUGCAGUGACUGAGCUUCUUGAAAAGGCAGCUAUAAUAUAUUCCCAAAGAAUUCGAAGACUAGAAGCAGAAAGGAUGAGCUUGGAAGUACAUGAUGAGACAUCCAACUCCAUUUGCCAGCCGAAGAAAGCAACAACAAGCUCAAAUGAGUGCUUUGGGAGGGUUGCACUGGAGUUGAAUGAUCACUUCAUCUCACCUAGCUCAUUGGAGUAUCAGGAGGGUAGAAAUGUUGGGUCGGUGCGAAAUGAACACAAGGAAGGUUUGAUCCAUCUGUCAAGCCUGCCAAGCAUCAACGCCCAUGGAGUUUUUGGUCAAAUCCUUUUUGAUGUCUGCGUUCCCAAAGACGUUGAAGAUUGGGAUAUAAGGUCAUCAGGCUCCUCAAAUGCACCUGCAUCUGCUCGGACACGGAGGCACACCCCUUUCAACCCCAUUAGAUGUAUACGACGCUCAAGAUUAUAGAGGGUGUACUUGUUACAAAGUUGAAUAAAGCUUGUCAUUUGAUUUUGGCAUGUCCUCCAAAGCAAUACGUACCCUGAAACAUCAUCAGAUGGGAGGCUGAGGACUUUAGCUCGAGAUGAAGAGGAGCUUUCCAACUUUUGAUGUUUUUGUAGUGUGUGGAACAAUGAAGGGCAGAUUGGCAUGGUUUGAAAUUGAGGUGAUGGACCUUCUUUCUGACAUGAUAAUGUACAGUAACUUUACUGGAGAACAAUUAAAGGAGAGUAGAAUAAGAGGGAGGUGUGAAAUGUAACGUCCACUCAUAGGAUUGCCCAUCGUAUGUUUGCGAAAUACAAUGCAAGUGUAUCACCAACAUUCAGUAUAGCUCUUUCAUUUUCACCGUGUCAUCUGAAGUUUCUUAAUUCAUCUCCUAGCCCCUGGCUAGACUUGAGCUUUGGCUUGAGUUCGACUUUGGC